CCUUCGCCGAAGCCACCCAAGCCAUCGCCAUCAAGCCCGUCGACGACGCCGUUGCUCCCUCAAGACACCGAUCAUGGUCAGUCAGAUGUUCUUGUCCACGUCCUCCGCCCGUGGACCAAAAAAGCAUUUGAAGCGCCUUGCAGCGCCAUCCUCAUGGAUGCUCGACAAACUGAGCGGUACCUACGCCCCUCGCCCUUCUCCUGGUCCCCACAAACUCCGUGAAUCUCUACCUCUCGUCAUUUUCCUUCGCAACAGGUUGAAGUAUGCUUUGACUGGACGUGAAGUCACCGCAAUCGUCAUGCAAAGAUUGAUCAAGGUAGAUGGAAAAGUUCGCACCGAUUCUACCUACCCCACCGGCUUUAUGGACACCAUUUCCAUCGAAAAAACUGGCGAGCACUUCCGUCUGCUCUACGAUGUCAAAGGCCGUUUUACCAUCCACCGCAUUACUCCCGAGGAGGCAUCCUACAAACUUCUGAAGGUCCGCAGAGUUGCCUUGGGUGCAAAAGGGGUCCCCUACGUUGUAACUCACGAUGGUCGGACCAUCCGCUAUCCCGAUCCCGCAAUCAAAGUCAACGACACGGUCAAGUUUGACCUUGAGCAGGGAAAAAUCACCGACUUCGUGCCUUUCGAGACCGGUAACAUCGUUAUGAUCACUGGUGGUCGUAACAUGGGUCGUGCGGGCGUUAUCACCCACCGUGAAAAGCACAUCGGUGGCUACGACAUCGUCCACGUGAAGGAUUCUCUCGAGCGGACGUUUGCUACUCGCAUUUCCAACAUCUUUGUCAUUGGGGAGGGCACAAAGCCAUGGGUAUCAUUGCCCAGGGGCAAGGGCAUUAAGCUCACUAUUUCCGAAGAGAGAGAUCUCCGCAGGAAACGUGCUGCUGAGCAAUAG